AUGAAUUCACAAGGUCCAAAUGAUGUAUCGCCCGAGGCGAUGCAGGCGCGCAUCCAACAGGCGCGACGCGAGGCUGAGAACCUGAAGGACCGGAUUAAGAGGAAGAAGGAUGAGCUCGCCGACACUACUCUCCGGUCGGUGGCUCAGCAAGCCCACGAGCCCAUUUCGAAGAACCAGAUGAUGAAGGCGAAGCGGACGUUGAAGGGACAUCUUGCCAAGAUUUACGCGAUGCACUGGUCGACUGAUCGUAGACAUCUCGUAUCCGCCUCACAAGACGGAAAGCUCAUUAUUUGGGACGCCUACACAACAAACAAGGUCCACGCCAUUCCCCUACGAUCUUCCUGGGUCAUGACCUGUGCCUACUCUCCCAGUGGAAACUAUGUUGCCUGUGGUGGCCUCGACAACAUCUGCUCCAUCUACAACCUGAACCAACAACGCGACGGCCCUACCCGAGUGGCGAGGGAGCUCUCGGGCCAUGCUGGCUACCUCUCGUGCUGUCGAUUUAUCAACGACCGAAGCAUCAUUACCUCCUCGGGCGACAUGACGUGUAUUCAAUGGGAUAUUGAAACCGGCCAGAAGGUUAUUGACUUCACCGACCAUCUCGGAGACGUGAUGAGCAUCAGCCUUAAUCCCACGAACUCCAAUACCUUCAUUUCUGGAGCCUGCGAUGCUUUCGCUAAGCUCUGGGAUAUCCGUGCCGGAAAGGCCGUUCAGACAUUUGCUGGCCACGAGUCCGAUAUCAACGCCAUCCAAUUCUUCCCCGAUGGCCACUCUUUCGUAACCGGUUCCGAUGAUGCCACCUGCCGACUCUUCGAUAUCAGGGCGGACCGCGAAUUGAACCUAUAUGGCUCUGAAUCUAUUCUUUGCGGCAUCACCUCCGUCGCUACCUCCGUCUCUGGCCGUCUGCUCUUCGCUGGCUAUGAUGAUUUCGAGUGCAAGGUCUGGGAUGUAACGAGGGGCGAGAAGGUUGGCUCGCUUGUUGGCCACGACAACCGUGUCAGCUGCUUGGGCGUUAGCAACGACGGCAUAAGUUUAUGCACGGGCUCUUGGGACUCUUUGCUCAAGGUCUGGGCCUACUAA